GAGACGCGACGAAUGGCGCCUGGCAGCAUGGGCCGCGUUCUCUUCCCUGAUCCUCCCGAUGCUCGAGCUGCGUUUUGCCGCGCUAACGAGGAAACAGACAAGCCGUUCAAGUUACAGUCACAAGUACGUGACACGCAUGAUGGAGAAGGCCGUAGCAAACUCUUCAUUGCAAAGCAAGAUUGGAGACAAUAAUCAUCAGACAGAUAAAAAAGAUUUAAAUUCGACAUUGCAUGGUAAUGAAGCUCCUGCUAUGCAACAGCAGGCACAGUUUACGUGUUCUCUAUACAUUUCGCGUGCUGGCGGCUUUCAAGAACAAAGUCACAGGGUCCAAGAUUGCGAACUGCUGCGAACUCAUCUCGAAGAAGCUAUAGCGACUUCCGAACCGCUGUCGAUGUGGCGUGUCUCUGAGACUCCAUGUGGUCUUAUAGCUGCUUUCAUACGAGAAAACGAUGCCGAGAAACUCUUGCAACGCGGCGACUUAGCUCGAGUGUUUGGAGGACCAGUGCAAGUAGCACGAUUUUCGGCAAGAGAUUCCCGAUAUCGUCAAGCCGUGCUUCUGAGAGACGUGCCAUGGGCUAUACCGCUGCAGGAUAUAAAUUCGGCUCUGGCAAAGCAAGGAAUUGUCGCAGGAAAUGUUGAACGUUCUCGACAAUUCGUUCGAGUAGAAGUUUUUGAUGCAAGUCAUUACGAAGCUUUGUUACGUCAAGGACUGGACUUUUUCGAAGUGGCUCGUUUUAAUGCUAUUCCAGAACGCUGGUGGCGAGGCACCGCGUGCUCGUCCGGUAUACCCUCACGAUAUGCAAACGAUGGAAACAAUAUCCCACAAGCAUAUCAAGAAAAUAUAUCGCAAACGGAUAAUGUAUUGCAAUGCUACCGAUGUCAGGGUUUCUGGCACGUAGCCGCUAAUUGCCGACAUUUGCCUCGCUGCGUCCGCUGCGGCGAACCACACAGCGUUGAAUUUUGUCCAAGGCCGCGGAAUAAUCCUAUAUGUUGCCAUUGCUCCGGGCCCCACCACGCCGGAUAUAGACAGUGCCCAGUCAGAUUGCAGCUGUCUAAUGCGACUCCCGUGAGCAUUACGUUGAGCACGAGUGGGGUUCAAUAUCCAGCGAGCGCUACAAAUAAAUCGAAUCCCUCGUGCCAUUCUCUGAGACAAGGACACUGUUAAACAACGUCAUUUACAGAGUUAUGCGGAGUCUACAACAGAAGUUCUAACGGUCGUAAGGUCUUAAGUCUUAGAAAAUUGAACAAUCACAGUCGAAUAUGAGAAGAAUAAUUAAGUGUGAUUGAUACAUUUUUUACGAUUUAAGACCGCUACGACUUCUAUUGUAGACCCCGCAUAAAAGCAUAGAGAAGUAUUGGUCUUAUUAGCAUCCUUUUCGAAAUGUCAAUGAAAGCGCAUAACAUCUCUACAUUGCAUAACGAUCUAUUAUGAUUCACGAGUGAAAUUUAGAGAUUUACAGUGCCUUUCUAUAAAAUGUGGAAAUCGUCGGCAUCGUCAUUGCGUACAAUAAAAAUGCUCUUCUAUAGAGACACGCUAUCUCGACCGCAAAAAAUUUGCACAGCAUAUAUUUACAUAAUAUAUAAACAAGAUACAUUUUUUAUGAUUUUCAUUUUUAAGACGCUGUCGCUUUUUCAGACACUAUUGUGUCUUAUUCGUGUCAUUUUUUUAGACUUUUAUGCAAAAUAUAUUGUUUUUAUCAAAUGUCUUUUGACGAGUCGUUUGUUUAUGAUCAUGAAGAAAUCCGAUAAAAUGCAGUUUGCUUCUCUUUUUUCCAAGUUUGUAGGAUUUUGCAAACUUGCAGUUACAACUACCCGUAUUCCGCCGUUUCGUCCCACUUUCUUCGCCCUAGUCCUGCGAAUGUAGGUCUCCCCACUAAGUGUCUGUUACUGCUACCACCAGGUAAUACUUCGAGAUCGUGGGAGGGAGUUGUACGCGAAUGUCAUACUAGCGCUAACACAUUCAGUCGUUCGAUCGGCUAGUUCGGUUUGUUCAACUAA